GAAGCACUCAAAGAAGCCGGAAAACUUAAUUACGUGAUUAUCAUUAUGAGAAUUUCAUGCAGUUAUAAAGUCAAUUAUUUGUCCAAUCUGUUGACUCAUUAGCUCACCGUGUCAUAUUUUACGCAAUUCUCUUUGAUAUGUUGCAAUUUUUUAUAAUUGACUUUAAAAACGUCUCUUACAAAUUUAUACAUUGUUGAUCGUGAAUAAAUGAAAAACCUUGUUUCUUUGCGCGAUAUCAAACAUUGUUUGCGGUUAGUAAAAAGUAUUUUUUAUCAUUUACAAAAUAUAAAAAUUUAAAAGAUUCCAAAUGGAUGCAUCGAUGAAGCAUAAUUACUGUAAUACAAUCGGAUAGGCAUUUUUUGUAUAUUUAAAAGAGGUGCAGUUUACUAUAGUUUUAGUCUUGUUAAAAACAGAUAGGGGAUAACAAUGCUUACCGGAUGGGGAACUGUACCCAUCAUAGUGGAAAAAUACACCGACGGUUGCUACAGUUUGAGUUCAGUGCAACUCAUAUAUACGAAAGAUUGCACGAAUAAUAUACUUACUAUCAAUAAAUUGCGAAUAAUGGACAUUGGACAAGCAUUAUUUAUUGAAAUCAAUAUAAAAGUGAUACAGACAAAUUUGUCCAACAAGUCAAAUAACUUUUUUUUACUUUCCAUAUGUUUCAUACCGCCAAAAGAAAGUUACUCAUUACUAUAUAUAGGAAAGUAUAACAUUCAUCGACCAAAUAAAUGCAGUGCAAGGCAGAUUUUUUUGAGAACGGAAGGAAAAGAUCACUCGCAGAAGAGAAUCUUCUGCACGACACAGCCCCUAAUCGAAGCAAGUAUUAUGGUCGUAUGUUUUGUAUGUACUCUUAAUGGGAGAAUACAUACACAUAAGGGAUCCACUUUAAUAGAAUCAAACGAUGGAAAGUUCCAGAGGCUGGGGCUGAAAUAUUCCGUGAACUCUUGAGCGAGUCAUCUGCAAAUAGAAGCAAGGGAAAGAUCGCGAGGAUUCAAGUAGGAUUGUGUGGAAGUGUGCAAUGCUGUAUAAAUGAAGCUUUAUUGGUUGGAGCGAAGGACAAUUAUGGUUAGCCGCCCACAUUUGCUAGUUUGGGCAUUAUCACCAGCUCGAAAUCCCGGCUAAGAGAAGCCGAUGACACUUAACAUUCAGAUUUGUUAAAAUCUUUUAAUUCAAAAAUAAAAUAAUGAGGUAUAAAAGCAAUUAAAUGCAGACUAUCUUUUUGUAAAAGAUAACAUUUUAUUGAUUAAUAUAUUUUAUUUAUUCAAAAACAACAAAAUUGUAAUAUGUAAUAUUGUAUGUGUAAUAUAUAUGCAUGCUCAGGCGUAAAUUUUCAAAAAGGAAUAUUGAACGGGUAGUAUUUCGCGUCCUUGUAUCUAUAACAAUACAGAAAAAGAUGUUUGAUUCAUAUAAAACAAGUAUAAUAUAUUAUUUUUUUAAUUAAACUUACUUAUCGAGUGGUACUACUCUUGCACCAGUCCCAAUAUUUUGAAGCCUACUCAUCUCUUCAUCUGUUAAACUAAAGUCGAAAAUUUCAAGAUUUUCCUUAAUAUGUGAUAAUUUAUCCGACAUAGGUAUGGGAAUGACCCCCAUUUGAAC